GUGAAAAGUGGUAGAGAAAAUAUAAACAAAGUUGAUUUAACAUGAAAGGUUAAAGUGUGCAAAAAUCUUGCAAAAAUGGAGAGACUUUUGAACUGGGGUGUGUUCAUGGCCGUUUUCAUUGUACAAGUGACAUGUUACUAUGAAAAUCAGCCGAAACUAAUCUCGAGCGAUGGCCACCUGAUAAUCGAGUCGGCCGUUGAUCGGAACAUUACGAUCUCGAUGAAGGGCAACGGCUUCCUGAACGUGGGCGACCUCAAUCUGUUGAAAAUGCUGCAGAGCCUCUCGAACGUGUCGUCUUCGUCGAUGGUUCCGACUUCUGGCGAUUCAACGCCCAUCGAGGGUUCGGCCGCCCAGCUGCAGUAUCUGAUGAACGCCGUAAAGGGGCCGUUUGGUCUGCUUAAGCGCGUUGCCGUGCUGGAAAAUGGGACUGCUGAUUCCAACGAUGGCAUUCGAGCACGUGGUCGUAUCAAUAAUAUCAAUCGACGACUGACGGCUUUGGAGCGAAAGGUUACGAACUUGAUGACCAAAUUGCGUGAAAAUAACUGCAAAACUAGUCCGUGCCAAAAUGGUGGAACGUGCAUUAGUCUGUUUGAUUCGUUCAUUUGUCAGUGUACGAAGAAUUGGGAGGGACCAACGUGCGCCACGGAUGUGAAUGAAUGUUCAGAAUUUGCUGGAACCGAUCUGGGGUGUCAGAAUGGGGCCACGUGCAAGAAUACUCCCGGAAGUUACAGCUGUCUUUGUGCCAGUGGUUGGCAGGGUAUUCACUGUAAUAGUCCAACGAAGGAUUGUAUGGCCAAUGGAAAUGAGCUGUGCGGGCAUGGAACGUGCGUUCAGAUAAAGGAAGAUCCCGGCUUCAAGUGUAUCUGUGAGCAGGGUUGGAAAACUAACGGAGUCACUCCGGCUUGCUCGGUGGAUGUUGACGAGUGCAAUGAAUCUAAGCCACACUGUUCUAAGGAUCCGGAAGUGACGUGUAUCAACCUACCGGGGUCAUUUGUCUGUGGAGGUUGUCCACCGGGGUAUAGCGGGAAUGGCUUUUACUGCGUAGAUAUUGAUGAAUGUCAGACUAAUAAUGGCGGUUGCAGUACUACUCCUUCAGUGACCUGUAUCAAUACCAGAGGAUCGUACAAAUGUGGCAGCUGUCCUCUGGGUUACAUUGGUGAUGGGAAAACGUGCACGAUGAGGGGUAACCGAUGUACUCCUGGACUAUGCCAUCCGUUAGCUCGUUGUAAGGCAUUCUCCGAGGUCGUGUCCUGUCAGUGUCCCCCGGGCUAUCAAGGUUCAGGAUUUGGUCCUACCGGUUGCAUCAGGGCGACCUUGAGUCCGUGCGACUUGAACCCUUGCAAGAACGGCGGAACAUGUACACCGGUGGGCACCAACAACUACAACUGCAGCUGCCCACCUGGAACUGCACUACCGAACUGUGCACGGCUCACCUCACCAUGUGUGCCGAAUCCCUGCUUGAACGGUGGCACGUGUACUCCGUUCAUGGACCGCUACGUUUGCGCUUGUUCUGCAGGUUACACAGGAGUUCGCUGCCAGGGGGCAUCGCGAGCUUGCGGCGGCAUAUUGGACUCGUAUUCGGGUACAUUAAGAUAUCCGGUGGAUAACGGAACUUACAAUCACAACGCGCGAUGUGCGUGGCUCAUCAAAACCAAUUAUACUAAAAUUUUGAACGUCACGUUCACUCGAUUCGACCUAGAGAACUCAGUGUCCUCAAGCGAAUGCAAGUUUGAUUGGUUACAGAUUCAUGAUGGCAAAACGUCCGCAGCGCACAACAUUGGCCGGUUUUGUGGAAAUAAACUUCCAAGAGAUGGUAAUCUCAUGUCUACGCAUAACUUUUUGUACCUGUGGUUCCGAUCGGAUAACAGCUCUGCCCAUGGAGGGUUUGAGCUACACUGGGACAGUAUCGAUCCCGUUUGUGGCGGUGAAAUAGCGGUGAAGAGUCACGGAGUUAUUGCCUCUCCUGGAUCACCUGGUAAUUAUCCUCCAAAUCGGGACUGCAAGUGGUUCCUCAAAGCUCCAGCUGGGAAGAGGCUGCAGUUUCACUUUUUCACAAUGAAGUUGGAGGCACACGAUUCGUGUCAAUAUGAUUAUGUGCAAAUAACCGACGGCAUCCAAUCUAGCGAUGAAGAGCAAGCUAACGCAACGUCCCCAGUGCUGGCAAUGUUCUGCAAUACAUCUCACCCAGAGCCGCUGGUGACGCCAAGUAAUGAAGCGACGAUCUAUUUCCACUCUGACGAGGAUAACAACGAUGCCGGCUUCCAGAUAAGCUACUCUGUGAUUGAAGGAGUUCCGGGAUGCGGAGGAGUUUUCACCACUUCGGAAGGUGAAAUCAGCUCUCCAAGACGCUACGAGGACAAUCUCUACCCUCACAACUUGAACUGCGAGUACUUGAUUCAGUUGCCAAAAGGAAGCCAGAUUACCGUACAAUUCAGUCGAUUCCACCUCGAGUCGAGUGAUUCAUGCAAGUUCGAUUACUUGGAAAUGUUCGAUGGACGAACGGUUGAUGAUCCAACUCUAGGGAGAUUUUGUGGUGAUAGACCACCUCCAACCUUCGCAACAACAUCGAACAAUCUGCUGAUAAAGUUCCGCAGCGAUUGGUCAACAUCUCACGGAGGAUUCUCACUGACUUACAAGACCCGUUGUGGCGGAAUUUUCACUGAACCGGGCGUUGAAAUCGCCAGCCCGGGUUAUCCGAACAACUACGAAGCGUUGAAGCAAUGCGACUAUGUAAUACAAGCUCCACCCGGCCAAGCCAUUCUGCUUGAUUUCACGGACUUUUCAAUAGAAGGACACAGCUAUCCGGCUUGUGAAAUGGACUACGUUGCUAUCUACGACAGCUUCGAUCCCUCAAAUAGUACACUUCUUGGUCGGUAUUGCUCGUCGAAAAUCCCCCCGCGGACCAUAUCUUCGAUGAAUGUACUGUUCGUGCGGUUCGUGUCGGAUAUUUCCGUGUCCGAUAGAGGAUUCAAGGCAAACUUUUCCUUCGUGGACGUUGCUUGCGGUGGAGUUAUCACCUCCGAGGACAGUACCAUUCGAUCACCUUCGAUAUCGGAACGCGGUGGCUAUAUCCCAGAUGCGGACUGCCGGUGGGUCAUUGUGGCGCCCAAGACGCAUGCCAUCCAGCUGACGUGGAACAGCUUCGAUCUGGAGAAAAGUACUAACUGUGCGUACGACUUUGUUGAGAUUUACGAUAAUUCAACCAGAAACAAUAGUUUUGUUGGUCGGUACUGCGGAGUUGCGAAACCUCCGGCCAUCACUAGCGGUGGGAACGUGGUCACGAUCCGAUUCAAGUCGGACAGCUCGCAGACGAAGGACGGAUUCAGCUUGUCGUUUACGUUCGUCGAUGUUCAGAGGCUUUGCGGUGGUAACUACUAUACCGCCUUCGGGGUGCUGAAGUCUCCGGGAAGUCCAGAGUACACGUCGAACAAAAUUUGCGAAUGGGUCAUUACGGUACCCCCGGGUCAGCAGAUUCAACUCAACGUGCGGAAAUUCGUCAUGGAGAAGCAUAGUGCGUGCAGGUUUGAUGGUUUGGAAAUUCGCAAUGGUGGAACAGCUUCUUCACCGUUGAUUGGAAAGUACUGCGGCACGGAUGACUUCAACGGGCUGAUUUCGUUCAGCAAUAAGCUGUACCUAAAGUUUUAUUCGGAUUCGUCUCGGAAUUACGAAGGAUUCGAGAUUGAGUGGGAUGGAACAGCAACUGGAUGUGGUGGUGUGCUGACCUCGGCUCGAGGCUCUAUCAUAUCACCACACUAUCCGGAACCGUAUGGAAAUAAUGCCCUCUGCUCGUGGAGAAUCAGUGUUAGUGCAGGGUCUGCAAUUCAUAUCGUGUUUACUGAUUUGGAACUUGAAAGUCAUGGACUCUGCCGGUACGAUUACUUGGAGAUCUUCGAUGGACGGGAUUCUGCUGGAACAAGUAUGGGAAAGUACUGCACAAGUGAAACGGAUCCCAUUCAGUUGGAUACCACGUCCAACCAUGCAUUUAUGCGAAUGAAAAGCGAUGACACCAAUCAGGGUAGAGGUUUUCAUCUCAAGUAUCAAAUCUUAUGCCAGCGGAACAUAACCGGUUAUAGUGGUGUGAUUGAGUCACCGAAUUUCCCCGACAAAUACCCCGUCAAAGCGGACUGUUUGUGGACAAUAACGGUUCCACCUGGUAAUAAAAUAGACUUGGAGUUUUCUCACUUUGACAUUGAGAAUGGAAUGCUGUUCGAUAAAAACAAUUCACAUGUUUGUAAUUUUGAUUAUGUGGAAAUUACUGAGCAAAUUGGCGAACAACCUGUUUCGAACAAGUACUGCAACCAUAUGCCAACCAAGAUAACAUCGAAGGGUCCAACAUUGCAAAUUGGUUUUCGCACUGAUGGCAGCGGAGAAAAUGGUGGAUUUAGAUUGGAGUGGCAGAUCAACGGCUGUGGAGGAAUCCUUACCAAACCGGGUGGAACAUUUUCGUCACCCAACUAUCCACGCGAGUAUCCACCGGACACCCAGUGCCUUUGGACGAUAUCGAUGCCUCCAGGAACUGCCAUCGAGUUGAUGGUGAACAGCUUCAACAUGGAAUCUUCGAGUAAUUGCCGCUUCGAUGGACUCACCAUAUCUAACACGGAAGACUUUAGCCAGGUGGUAACCCAGCUUUGCCAUACCCAGAAGGAACCGGUUAAGCUGGUUAGUGCUGGCCACACGUUGUAUGUGAAGUUUUUCAGCGAUCAUUCGUAUACUUACAAAGGAUUCGAGGCAAGCUACAGAGUUGUUCCUCAAAAAUGUGGAGGUCCGCUAACGGUGCAUCAGGGCUAUUUGUACUCUCCAAACUAUCCCAAGAACUACCCCAGUAACCAAUCUUGUGAGUGGAUCAUAUCGACGGAUCCUUCUCACACUCUGCAGUUUAAUAUUGAGGAUAUUGGCAUGAUCAAAAGUCCCAACUGUACGAACGACUAUUUGAAGGUGUACGAUGGACCUAACCGCAACGCGGCCAAUCUGUUGAUGACCAUUUGCGACAGUGCUUCGAACGUUACCUCGGUCAUCUCCUCGGGUAAUCAGAUGCUCGUGGCAUUCCAGUCGGACGCCACACUAGAAGCAAAGGGAUUCCGAGCCAACUUCUCGAUCAAUUGUGGUUCCCGAAUCAAUGUAACGGACUCCGGAAUGAUUUCUCUGGAGAAUACUGCAAAGAUCAAGUCGGAAAACUGCACCUGGAUCUUGACGGCGAAUGAGUUGACACGACACGUUACCCUGCAGGUGUUGCACAUGAACAUCGUUGAGGUGGAUGGCAAUUGUCUGGCAAAUUUGACCGUCCACGAAGGUGACACUUUCGAAGGCCCGAUACGGUACAGUGGGUGCGGAAGCAAGACUCCACCGGUGAUCGUGAGCAAUGGAAAUUCGCUGGUGGUGCACAUCACUUCGGAGGACUUUAACAUGUACAACUUGAUGGGAGUUCAACUGGUGGCGUCGUACAGCGUACUGGACAAUGCGUGCGGUGGAGAACUUCACUCCUUCGCCGGUCAGAUAGCAUCUCCAAACUAUCCCAAUUCGUACCCCAUGAACGUUGAGUGCGUUUGGCAACUGAAGGCUGCACCGGGAAAUAUGAUCCGGUUGUACGUAGAGUCAAUUAACAUUUUCGAGUCCGACAAUUGCAACGAAGAUUAUCUGGAGGUACGAGAGUCUUCUGGCAGUGGCAAAUUGAUCGGGGAUUAUUGCGGAGACCAACCGAUGACGAAUAUCACCUCGGCGAACAGUUUGUGGAUCAAAUUCAAAACAAGCGAUAAAGGUGUGGCGAAGGGAUUCUUGGCAGAAUAUUCUUAUGAUCACUUUAACGAACUUACUGGAAGGAGUGGGUCCAUUGCAUCGCCCACCUAUCCUCAUUUUUAUGCACGCGAUGAGGUGCAUUCUUGGAGAAUAAUUGUAGAUGUUGGAUCGGUGAUUUCAAUUAAAUUUAUCGACGUUGAUAUCGACUCAAAGUUUAUGGACUCUUGUGAGGGACAACUGGAGAUUUACGACGGCUUCGAUGACACUGCCGAGCCACUAAUACCCGAGAUUUGUGGAACAUCGAUUCCGGACUCUCUGACGUCUACAUCUAAUGUAGUUUACUUGCGGUUGGACCAUUCGGAUGCUAACGGGCCAUCGAAGUUUUUGUUGAACUGGAUGCAAAUCGGAGCGGACUCCGUAACGGCUGCAACCGUCUUAGACGAUGGUUUCUGUGGAGGUCAUGAAGUGAUUGUCCUAGGUGAAAACUCAACCAUUUAUAAUUUGACAUCCCCGGGAUAUCCCGAUGGCUAUCGAACGGCUUUAAACUGUAGCUGGAUUUUCCAAUCGUCCGUAUCAACCUUGCAUCCAAUGCUCAAGCUGGAUUACGUAGAUCUGGAAGAGACUGACGCAUGUCUAUCGGAUUAUCUGGCAAUUUCAACAUCCUCGGAUUUGCUUUCUUGGUCUUCUCCGGAGAAAAUAUGUACCUUUGGCUAUCGAGUCAAGUCAGCAUUCCAUGGUAAACCGUUCCUAAAAGUUGCAUUCAACACAGAUUACUUGAACAACAGAACCGGAUUCACUGGAUUCGUGUCCUUGCGAUGCGGUGGUGUCGUAACGGAGCCAAAUGGCGUUAUCGAAGUGUCUUCAGUGGUUACCACGAACCAGACAAUGGCCCGAUUCUUGGACCCAGUGUGCAUGUGGAACAUUACCGUACGCCCGGGACGAAUAAUCCAGUUCCAGUUUGAUGCGAUCAAAAUUGGCAAAACAGCGGAUGGUUGUGUCGGAUCUGUAACGAUAAAAAAUGGAAUAGACGAAUAUUCGCCCCUUUUGGGAGCAUUCUGUGGCAACGACAUACCGCAGAUGGUGAACACUUCGAGUAACCGAGCGUUUGUAAAGUUUUUCACGGGACAUGUCCUUUCCAACUCUUUCCGGCUUUCGUAUCGUGAGGUCGGUAUGGAUUGCGGUGGAAACAUUUUGCUCAGAAAGAACAAUUCAACGAUUAUUACGACACCACGCUAUCCGGAGGUUCCCUUCCCACACAGUGAAUGCAUUUGGACGAUCAUGGCACCGAGUGGAGAAACGUUGGUGUACAAAUUUGAACAGUUUAACUUGAAGUAUUCAUCGUUAUGCCAAAAGGAAUACGUGGAACUAAGAGACGGAGGAACAUCAAAUGCAGAUGUAUUGGUUUCCACUUGUGGUUCAGAGGUCGUUCAAUCGAAGCUAACAACAUCGAACAUGUUACGUGUGAAAUAUUUCACAGACUUUUCGGAUCCUGGAAAUGGAUUCAAGCUGCGCGUGUCUUUAUCGCCAUGUGGAGGCUCAUUCCAUGCUGCGAGAGGAACCAUAACAUCUAAAAAUUAUCCAGUCCAAGGAGGAUACCCUUCGAAAACGGUUUGUGAAUAUUACAUUCACGGCAGCAUGAACACAAUCCUAAAUGUAACAUUCCAAGAUCUCCAUUUGCCUGGUGGCGCAAACUGUUCGACGUUAGAUAAUAUUAAAAUAUACUCGAUAGUUCCCGGGGAGAACAAUACCGACAUCGAUCAGGGAACCUUCUGUGGAACUCAGCUGCCACCGCCGAUCAUCACCGAAAACAACCUGAUGAAAGUUGUAUUCACCUCGUUCAAUGCUCAAACAAUGUAUCGCGGAUUUAAGCUCGCCUUCAGCUCUACCGAUAACCGAUGUGGAAGCGAAAUCAACGCUGCUUCCGGUGACAUAACCAGUCCCGGGUAUCCGGCGGAUGGUUUAAGGCUGAAGAGAUUCUGUGAGUGGAGAAUUACCGUUCCCGAGGGUCGCCGGAUUAAGGUCGAGUUUACAGAUUUGGAUCUAUCCACGUUGAGUGCGAGUUACCUGCAGCGAAUUGGUUUCUAUCAUGGAUUUGAUUACGCCUCCCGUAUCAAGUUUGUGAUGGGAGGUUACGACAAACAACCAAUCUACUCUAGCGGCAACACGAUGAUGAUCAACUUCUGGUCUCGGAUAGCGUCGGGAAAUCGAGGAUUUAAGCUGCACUUUAGCAGUGAAGAGCCUACGAUCUGUGUUGGAAAUUUGGAAGGUGACCAAGGGAUUAUUGCCACCCCGAUCAACCAAACAAGCUACACCUGUGAGUACAAGCGGACGACCGCAGUGAACGGUACUUUGGCGAUGUAUUUCAGAGACAUGAGUGCUGGAACGUACCGUAGUGCGUGUACUAUGAACACGCGUGGAAUAUUCGUCCGACGAUCUGGAUCGUUCGGUCACAAUGCAUUCCUGAAAAAGUAUUGCGGAAAUGCUACGGCAACGGAUGUGAUUCGGUCGCCAUUUUCCGAUGUAUCCAUCUUGGCUAGGCAAGGAUUGUUUUUGGGCGAGGUGAAGUUCAAGCUGCAAUAUCAAGUACACAAGUGUGGUGGUAUGUUUGGAGCUGAGUUCAAAAAUUUAAGUAGUCCAAAUAGGUUAAGUAACGUUGUAAACCCGAUUGAUUGUGCGUGGUAUGUAAACUAUCCGGAAAACAGUAUCAUCAGUAUUCUAUUUACCACCUUUGCACUCAACCAAUCAUGUGACGACGAAUACAUGAUGAUCUACAACGGACCAAACACGAUGAGCCCGCUGUUGGGUCGGUUCUGCAAGGACACCGGUUUUGAAACGCUCACUACCCAAGGAUCGCAUUUGUUUGUAGAGUACCACUCGGAGAGUUACAACUCCAGUGGUAAUUUCCAAUUGACGUUAGCUCAGAUGUCCUCCGGUUGUGGUGGCACACUGCACAAGAAUUCUUAUGCGUUUGCAUCGGCGCUUAAUAACGGGAAGUACCUGCCGAACACGGAGUGCAUCUGGACGAUGCAAGCCGACAAUGGAUACCACAUUGGGAUGUACUUUGUCGGAAGAUAUAGUCUGGAGAAGAGUGAAAACUGCUCCAAGGAUCAUAUUGAGGUGUUUGAUCGAGUCAACAACGAGUGGGUGAGUUUGGGUCGCGUUUGCGGAAAGGAUACUCCAAAACCGUUCAACUCAACCGGAUCUAUGAUGAGGGUGAUUUUCCGAACGGAUGCAACCGUUGAAAGCGAUGGAUUCACUGUGCAGUGGGAGCAGAACUGCGGUGGAGUGUAUGAGGUUGACCGAGUGGGAGGAAAAAUGACCAGUCCGAACUAUCCACUGAACUACGAGAGGAUGAAAACAUGCAAUUACACGUUUGUAACUAAGGAGAAGGAUUCAUUCAUAAGGGUAAACUUUUUGGACUUCUCGCUGGAAAAUGGUCCCCAAACUUCGAUCUGCAUGUACGACAAUGUAACGAUUUAUAAACAGCAGGAGUACUUUGAGCCUUUCCAGUGGGAAAAGGUGGGAACUUAUUGCAAGGAGGACUCUCCGGGUCGGUUAAAGUAUAAGAAUCGAAUUGCGGUGGUGUUCCAAACUGAUCGCUGGCUGGAGUCACGUGGAUUCAAGUUUGAGUACAAGCUGGACGUUUGCGGAGGGUCAAUUACUGAAUCUACUGAAAUAGAGAGUCCUGAAAUGACAGGUGCUACUUCUGCUUAUGGUUACAACACCGUUACAUGUGCGUGGAACAUCACGAUACCGACCGGAAAGAAGGUGGUGAUAAGGUUCGAAGAACUUGAUAUUGAACAUUCGGAUGGCUGCUAUUUCGAUGGUUUAGAGGUGUACAAAGGAUUGGAACGAUCGCCGGAAAAGAAAUUAGCAACACUCUGUGGAAACAUUACUGCCCACGCUCCGAUGGUUAGUAUUAAACAAGCUACCCAUGGAGUCAUUUACUACCGGUCUGAACCGUUUUCUUCCGGUAGUCAUCGAUUCUCAGCUAAAGUGCUUUACUUUGAUGAUUGUGAUCGGGACAUUACGUUGGACACAAAAUCUCGACAGUACGACUUGACCGUGAUAGGCAGCGACAACAAGAAGAUCCAGGACUGCCAGUACUCGUUCAAGGCACCGGAGGGCUUCGGCGUACAGCUCACCUUCAACCAGUUCCACGUGGGAUCGGAGCGGAACGUAACCGAUUGUUCCGACAACUUUGUGGAAGUGCGCGACGGAGCGGGACCGUUUGGCGAGUUGAUCGGAAAAUACUGCGGACACAGCUUGCCACAGGCAGCGAGCACGUUCAGUUCAGCACUGUUUGCCCGGCUGGUUACGGAUUCUGCCCUGAAGGGAACCGGAUUUGGCGCUACGGUUUCGCUGGUGGAAUCUCCUUGCGGGGCUGGGUACUACAACUUGUCCAGUGGGCAGCUGGAAUACCUAAAGAGUCCCAACUAUGGCAGUGGAAAUUAUCCACCGAACAGCAAGUGCAUGUGGAUGUUGGAGGUCCCGGCUGGGAAGACCAUCACGGUAGAGUUCCAGGACUUGCAGCUGCAGGACUACAACGACCAGGAGGAGAAGUGCCCCGAUCGGAUCGAGGUGUUUGAUGCUAAUCUGAAGUCAUUCAUAUAUGAAGGCCUUGGAGAGGAUUUGGUGUUCCGAGGAAAGUCAACUCAUGCGCAUAAAUCUUCGUUUUAUCAUGGAGUAAGAAAUCCCAAUGCCCACCACAUCUACUGCGGCAAGAACGAGCUGCCGGCGACAUAUCACUCAGCGGCCAGCAAGAUUUACGUCAAGUUUCAGAGUGAUGAAGCGAGCCAGGACAAGGGAUUCAAGCUGGCAGUGCGACAGAACCAGAUCUGUGCUCAGAACCUUACCCGGUUGCAGGGUCGCAUUGGCAACAACUAUUUCACCCGAACCGAGCAUUGCACGCUGACGAUCCAAGUGCCGGAGAAUUACACGAUUGCGCUGUACUUUGGAAUAUUCUAUAUGCACACGACCGACUGUACGGCGGAAGGAAUCCGGAUAUACGACGGACUGGGGAAGGACAAGCAGAUGGCGUUGUUGUGCAAUUACGUUACGCCAAGUCCCAUUUUUACGGAAAGUAACGCGUUGACGAUAGAUAUUCCGGCGUCUAUUGCAGAGUACGCAACGACUAUGCUGGAUGCAACUUAUUUGGCUACGGACAAGGGUCGUGGAUGUGGGGGGGAGAUCUUCAACUAUGGUGGAGUGUUCACUAGUCCGCUGUACCCGAACAACAAUCGAACUAGGAUGGAUUGUUUGUGGACGGUGACGGUUCCGGUGAACAUGCACAUUGCCUUCAAGUUUGAGGUGUUUGACAUGGGGAGCAAGACCACGUGCGGCACGGAUUAUGUCAAGUUGAUGAAGGUUAAGGGCGAGGCUGUUAGCGAGGAACGAAGACACUGCGGAGGUGAUACGCCAGCGACAUUCAUCUGCGAAAGUAACAUUAUGCAAGUUGUGUACAAGCAAACGCAAAACUUUGGAGGAACCGGUUGGCAGGCCAAAUUCAUGGCAAUUGAAAAGGGAGCGCAGGUCAAUGAGUAUUAAAGGCUGUAAAGUGUUUUUAAAUUAAUGUAUUUAUUUUCUUAACAAAAACAAUUGGUUAUCGUAGAUAUAAAAUCGAAUAUUCGAAUUUAUGUACCAUUACAUAACUUACACUGUAGGUGAAUCAAUAAAGCAUGCUUGUAAAAAUAGUCGA